AUGCUUCUCUGCGUCCAAAUACCAAAAAUGUCCGCGUUCCCGCCAACCCCAGUAAUACGAGGCGGGAUGUGGAAAUGGCGUCGCAAAGUCAACGAAACGGAAGAGAGGAAGAAGGAAAAAUGGCGCACCUUCCGGUUGUUUGUGUUCAUUCCUCCGGGUGAUGAACUCUUGUUUUCUCUCACGUGUUAUCUAUCUCAGUUUUGUUAUAUCUAUCUAUCUAUCUAUCUAUCUAUCUAUCUAUCUAUCUAUCUAUCUCAAUCUCAUUUAUCUAUCUAUCUAUCUAUCUUAAUCUCAUUUAUCUAUCUUUCUAUCUAUCUAUCUAUCAAACUCAUCUAUCUAUCUCAAUCUCAUCUAUCUAUCUAUCUAUCUAUCUAUCUAUCUAUCUAUAUAUAUAUAUAUAUAUAUAUAUAUAUAUAUAUAUAUAUAUAUAUGUCACAAUCUAUUCUUUUUCCUCCUCCUCCUUUUACAUUCUUUUUCCUCCUCCUCUUCCUUUUGUUCAUUUUCCUCCCCUUUUUAUGUUCUUUUUCAGCCUACUUCUCCCUUUACAGUCUUUUCCUCCUCCUCCUCGUCCUUUUAAGUUCUUUUUCCUCCUACCCCUAUUCUUUUUACGUUCUUUUUCCUCCUCCUUCUCCAUUUACGGUCUUUUUCUUCCUCUUCCUUUUAAUUUAUUUUUCUUCCUCCUCCUUUUACAUUCUUUUUCUCCUCUUCCUCCUUUUAAUUCUUUUUCCUCCUCCCUUUAAGUUCUUUUUCCUCCUACUUCUAUCUUUAAGGUCUUUUCCUUCUCCUCCUCCUCCUCCACCUUCUUUUAAAUUAUUUUACUCCUACUCUUUCUUUAAAGUUCUUUUUCCUCCUCGCACUCCCCUUUUUAAAUUCUUUCCCCCUCCCUCUCCUUUUAAGUUCUUUUUCCUUCUACUUCUCCCUUUAAGUUCUUUUCCUCCUAUUCCUUCUCUCUUUAUGUUCUUUUCGUCUUCCUCCUUUCAAGUUCUUUUUCCUCCUCCUCCCCCUUUCAAGUUCUUUUUCCUCCUCUUAUUUUUCCUCCUCCUUUUCCCCACCAAAAUUUAUUGUUUAUUUCUUUCUUCACUUCUUUCACUUCCCAUGAUGCUAUCUCUUCCAGCGUCUUUCUCCACCUACCCACCCACACAUCACCGCUUUUUUUUCUCCUGA